UCGCGGCGUCCCGGCGGAGGGUCACGUAGGCCGCGGUGGUGCUGGGCAGGGCCGCGGGCGGCGCGCGCACGCCCCUCGGGCACGCCCACCUCGGGCACGCCCACCUCGGCGCCAUGGAGGAGCGGGGCGGCGGCGGCCGCCUCUUCGGCCGCUCCAUGUGGAGCAACAUGCGCAUCGGGGGCUUCUCCCUGGAGCGGGGCGGCAGCGGCGGUGACUCUGUGUCUGCCACGCCCGCGCGCCUUAUCCUGCCCGUGAAGCACGCCAAGACGACGGGCGGCCUCCCGGACAUCCUGGAGCAUCCGGCCGGCGGCGGGGCCGCGCGCGCCCACCGCGGCCUGCUGCCCCAGUGCCUCGUGCAGCGCUACCGCCGGCCGCCCCGCGAGCAGCCGCCUCCGCGACCCGCCCGCGACCGCGCGAGCUCCGUGUGCUCGUCGUACACGACGUCCUCGUCCAGGCUGUCCCGGUCGCCGUCACCGCUGUCGUCGUCGUACUACUCGUCGCUGUCCGGCACGGCGCGCGGGGCCAGCAGCGGCAGCAGCAGCAGCACCGCGCGCCGCUCGGUGCUGUCGCCGACCCCCGCGCCCGAGCCGCAGCCGCGGCGGGUCUUCCCCCAGGAGCCGACCUUCGCCGACCUGGAUGGCAUUGAAGGCAAGGACGACUCGCCGGUGGUGUUCGACGUGAACCUGAGCUUCGACCUGGGCUCGCCGCCGUCCAGCAUCUGCGGGUCGUCGCCGCGGCGCGGGGCGCGGGCCAUGUCAGAGGCGCCGCCGACGAGCACGCGCGUCCGCCAGCGGCUGGUGCCCAUGGCGGCGCACCUGGACCAGCAGACGGCGUCGGCCUUCCUCACGAGCCGCAUCGCCAGCUUCCUCCAGCGCACCGACCACGUCAUGCACGAGUGGAAGCGGCUCGGCAGGAAGGACCCCGACGAGGAGCUUCGCGAGCUGUCACUCGCAGGCGGACCCCCGGGGCUGCCCCGCAGCCGCAGCGCGGCCUCCAUCAUGACGAAGGCCGUCAAGUACUACCGGCAGCAGAACGUCGGCUCCAGCAGCCGCUGUUCCAGUCGCGGCUCCAGCAUGGUCCGCUCGCCGUCCGUGUCCAGGGACGACGCCACCCUCUCCGAGCUCGACGAGGUGCGGUGUGACACGUCGAGAAGGGUCCGGUGGGGGCCCAGGGGACGCGGGUUGGGCUGACGGCGCCACGCCUCGCCGCCCGCGAACAACACGCUGGGGGGCGCCGGGCGGGACCGCCGCCGGGCCGGGCUGAGCGGCGCGUCGCGACGCCCUCUUGAGAGAUGGCGGGCGUGGCGUGGCGAUCCCCCCUUCCUCUCUCCCGCGUGUCAGCUCCUCCUGUACCCUUUUUAUUUAUUCGCCUUCUCUCUCUCCCUCCCUCCCUCCCCUCUCCUCUCUUAUUCCUCCUCAUUGCCUCCCGCUUCGCUGUGACAUUCUGGCAACAAGCAUGGCCUGUUGCGCCGGUCCUCUUCGCUCUGCUCUGAUCGUCUGCCUGGCCCCAUCUGUCUGGCCAUCAGAGUGAUCCCCCACCCCCGCCGCCCCGCCCCGCCCUCACCUGCAGCCCCGUUAUCCGCGGCCGAUGCUCCUGAGUGAGUGGGUGCCACUGGGCGCUCCCCACCGAGUGCCGCACCAGCUCACAGCAGCGGGGUGCGCCCCAGAGGAGGGACGGGGGUAUGGGGCUGGACAGAAGCCCGCACAAGAGUGCGCGAGUCCGGAAACUGCCUUGCCUUUUUGUUGCUGUUGGUUGUGUGUGUGUGUUUUGUGUGUCGCAUGUCGCUAGCACCCGAUCAUUUUGUGUGCCACCUAGGCUUGUCUUUUUGACUCGUCCGUCAGAAGGAAUGAUUCUACCACCAGAUGCCCCUCCCCCCCUCUUCGGUCCAAAGAUAGGGCUAUUGUCAAUGGGUUUGACGUGCGUUUGGCACGAGGCCCAACGUGUCGCGACCCCCCCUCCCCCCGCCUCUCCCUUUUCAGCCUGCUCCUUGCGUGCCCUCCUCCCUUCUUGCCCCUCCUUUCUUCCUUUGUGACAGGGGAGAGAAUCUGGCUGCGGUGGCGGCGGCGGUGCAUCGCAUCGGCGGGGGAGGGGGCGCAACCGACGUGAGUGAGAAAGAAAAGUGAAGGGCUCGGACAAUGGGAUUGGGUUCUGGCGCUUUUAAUUGGCUACAUCUCUGCGAGUGAGUGGAUCGGCUGUCCCCCAUGAGUCCGUGCCGCCGUCUGGCGCCGUCUAUACAAACCAGCAGCCAUCUGCCCGCCCGCCCGUUUGCCCGACUUCGCCUGCUUAGCAGCCGUCGCGGCUGUUUUAGGCCCCAACUUUACAACUGGGUGGAGCGUGGCCACAUUGUGCUCACGCCCCCCAAGGCAGAGCGCCGCGCCGUUAAAAGCAGCGCUAACUCAUGUCGUCGCGCUGGCCGGCAUCCGGGCCGAGCGGGGCCGCGAGCGCACAAUGAUAUUCCGACUCGCCGCCUCGUGCUGCGACUGGCAAGUCGUCGUUUAAAGCGAGCCCGUCGUCGCUCACUUUGCUGUGUGGCCGUUGCUUACGUACGUCCGAGAUUGCUUUGCUUCCCAGCCAGCAGCGGGGUGUGUUGUGCUUCUGCCGGCCAAGGUCGCGGCGUGGCGGUGCGGGCCGCGGCGUCGCGUAGCGUGUGAUAUGAAGCAUAUGCGAGCCGGCCGCCCCCGCCGCCGCGGCGCCUGCCGCCUGCUGCCCCAGAAACACGUCGGUCGUUUUGCCAGACGUCCGGUUAGUGCGUGUGUGUGUGUGUGGUUGAAACGCCGGCCCGGCCGCUAUAUCGAAAGGCCGAUCCUAAACCAAACGCAACACGCGCUAACCACGUUGCCGGACGAUAAGUUGCGCGAGUCGAUAAUCCAAAAUUGUUUAAAAAACAAAGAAAAGAAAGAAAAGGGGCAUCGAGUCACUAAAGUUCUGUGCUGCCCGGCAGCUCUUAGCGGCUGUAGAGACCACGUGAACUCGAUAGAGGGGAUCCAAAUGGGGAUUGCCCAGAUAGUACAUCCGUUUUUCUCUGAUUUAUUGGGUAGGUCACGCAGGCUCAGCGCCUGCGAGACUCGGGGUAGGCCACCCCGCUGUACACAUAUGCACGGCAGGGAAGAUGUUGCCUACCUAUCAGGCACUAUGGAAGCUUGAGUUAGCUAAACUUGGUUGAUUCGAUUUGGGCAAAUGACGGAGGUACUUUCAGAACGAUGCCUUACGGGGAACCAAAAGGAUUGGAGUCCUCGGGGGUGAUAUUUGUACCCUCCUGAGGUCUCCAUGGACUCCAAUGACCGCCACCGCCGUCAAGGUCCUUUUGGGACCCCACAGUGUUUCUGGACAGACCUUUCUGUCCCGCCCCGCCCGCAUACCGCGCUGACGUUGUUGUGCCCUCCCUGACCAACCGCAAUGGGUCGUAUGCGA